AUGGGCCAGCCCGGCCAGCUGAUGUCUUAUGAGCAGACCACGCAUUGCCCCUAUCUCCAGGCAGUCAUCUACGAAGCUCUACGCCGUCAUCCGGUCGCCCCGGGCCCCCUGCAGCGGGAAGUGCCUGAGGGUGGAUUGCAAGCGGCGGGAUAUUUUGUGCCCCUCGGGGUGGUCGUGGGAACUCCAGCCUGGGUAAUCAAUCGCCUUCCGGAAAUCUGGGGAGACGAGCCCGAUGCAAUCCGGCCUGAACGGUGGCUGGAUAAGCCAGAAAGCGUGAGAUGCUCAAAUACUUCUUUACCUUUGGCGCAGGAACCCGGAGUUGUCUAG